AUGGCGCAGGCCCCUGAAGCAAUGCAGAUAUCAGCGACAGUCAAUACACUCACCGAUGAUAGUUGCGCCGUCAUUGCAGACUUUGAUGACGCCAACUUCCUGAGAACCACUCUUGCAGUCAGCAAUGUACUUCGGUGCUUCUUUGAAGUUGCGGUGAAUUGCGUAGAUGCCGCUUCCUAUGCUGAAGAGGAGAUGGAUGAAGAGCAUGGCCAAAUACACUCGAAUAAAAGCAAGUCUUCUUGUUAUGCCGCCAAUCAAGCUUAA